UCGCUUGACCGUGCCGUAGCCGUAGAGCUAGCUGCGCUUUGUGCGCUUGAUUUGUCAAGGGAACGAGCAUAGCGUAAUCGAGAGGCAAAGCAACCUGAGUAAUUCGUCGUGCCGGAUGCCGCCACGUUAAUACAUUUUCGUCGGCGUGACACGUCAAUCCGACGACUGCAGUAACGACCAAGAUACCGGCGACGAGAGAACGACGACGUCGUCGACGACGGCGACAAGAAGAAGGACAAGGAAGACGGAGAGAAGAACGACAACGACGACGACGACGGGAAGAAGAGGAACGCGUGGCCAUCGGUCCCGUGUCGGCGAUGUGGCGAGCGUCCUGGGCCGCUGGGUGUUCGGCGGGGGUGCUCGCGCGUCCCGUGACGGCCGUGGCGAAUCUCCGGAUCGAGGGGUGAGGAAAUCGACGUAGGAACAGCUUGGGGCGCGCUCAGGUGAAGUGCGAACGAGCGAGCGAACAAGCGCAAGCGAGUUUCACAAGAUCGCCCUUACCGAGUCGCGCCGUAGCCAGGAGGCAACGACAACUACUCGUCCUCGUAGGUCGACGGUAGGUAAAUAGAAUACCCUCUACGUUAGAGCGUAAUGAUGGCAUCGCAGAAUCAGGGCGCCGUCAAUGUCUCCUCGUCCGGUAUAACGUCGGCAAUAACAAUGACGACGACAAUGACGACUACGACGGCAAAUGGGCCGCCAUCGACGUUGGCACCGUCGCCGUCGCCGGGUACCACCGUCCUGACCAGUGCGGCCACCAUCUCGGUCGCGAAGGCAUUCACCUCUGGUACUCAACCAUCACAAUUGCAAUCCCAGCAACAAUUGCAGCAGCAAGCCAACAACAUUGAAUCGUUGGAUAAGAGUUCCUCCAAUACUCUCAAGCGUAAUCCAAAGAUGGAGCUGAGCAAAACUGAUUUGCUGAAGUUACUGGGAUAUCUGGAAGGCGAGCUCCAAGCAAGAGACAUAGUGAUAGCGGCAUUAAAAUCAGAAAAAAUGAAACAUCUUCUAAGUUCCCGGUAUCUUAGCAGUACUGCAGAUCCACAUGCAGCAUUAGCUCGCGACGUUGCAAUAGUAGGUGGUGUUAUUGGUGUUGAAGGAAAUCAAAUUGAUCAACAAGUCGCUAGUCUUGAAGCACUAGUGACACAACAAAGAAAGGCACAAUGUAGAAUGACUAAAGUUCUUAGAGAUGCAGAAAUUAGGCACAGAGCGGUAAUUAAAGAAUUGGAAGAAGAGAAACGAAAACAUGAACAUGAUACUGCUCAAGGUGACGAUAUCACUUAUGGUCUUGAGAAAGAGCGAACAAGAUUAAAAAAAGAGUUAGAAUUAGAGAAACAAGAAAAGAAGAGAUUAGAGAUGGAGUUAAAGAAAGUUAACGAUCAUCUCGAGGAAGAGAAGAGUCGACAGAAACAGAUAGUCCUGCUCCUUUUAGCAGAACGUAAAAAGAUUAUUAUGAAGUAUAUUGAGGAGAGAAAACGAUCUGAGGAUUUGGCUCAAAUACUCAGUGAAGAGAAAGUUAGAAUAGAUUCAAUGGCUGAGGGUCUCGAAGAAGAGAGUAAAAAGUCACUGCAGAUGGAAGCGGAAUUGGAAAAACAAUUAGCACAAUUCGAUAUGGAGAGGCAGCAAUAUCGGCAAGCCCUCGUGAAAGAGGAAAAGAGAGCCAAGGAUUUUGAAACGGAAUUAGAAAAGUUACGAGGCGAAAUGGACACGUGGAAAGAGUCGCAGGCUCGCGGUCCUGCCAGAGGAGUUGGCGCAACUCCACCACCACCGCCUGCAAAACCAGCGAAUUUGGUCGCCAUGCCGACGUUAAGGCCGGCUAGUGCUCCACAAACAAUGAAAGGGGCAGUCUUAGGUACAGGAACACCUAUGGUUAGUAGUAAAGUUGUCCAGCCUACUGCGACAGUGUCCAGUGUUCCUGUCAGUGGUCCAACGACUGGAAUUGCUAGAUCUGUAACACCUGGACAAGCACUUCGCGGAGUUGCAUAUACGCCUAAUUUAACAUCUGUGGGUGGAGAAUCUACAGCUCCUUCAGAUACGCAGGCCGUAGAGAAGCGACAGCCAGUUGUACCUGCGCCCGUUAGUACUGCGGCUGCCGCCGCGGCUAAACUUAUCACAUCGUCGCAAGCCGCCGUCGCCACUGCGGGGAAGCUCGGUUUUCACGUUGGCCAAUCUUCAAGUCCUGCCGCAAGCCCCACUGUUCAAGCAUCCUCUGCCGCCGCCGCCGCCAGUGGUGGUAGCGGCGGCGGUUGUAUCCUGCCCGCGAAAAAGCCACCGAUCUCGCGCGGCGUACCACCCCCGGUACCACCAAAUAAGCCAGUGGUACCGCCAAAAAAGGAGGCAGCCGCUUACCUCCGAAGACCGGAACUGCAGUCGCAAAGCGCACCGCAACAGGAUACCAUUAAAUACGGUAAACAGACGGCCCCGUCGCACAGUGCGGCGAGCACAGCGGCGAGCGGAACCGCUCCUCUGCAAGCGCAGCAACAACCACUUCCGGCGAGCAUCACUCAAGCUGCUGCCGAUGAAGAGACAAAGCCGCGUUGAUUUAGCGCUGAAAGAGAGAGAGAAUAAAAGCAUACAUAUACUGCGAUACGUAAUAGAAAAGAGAAAGAGAGACGCUACGUCGCGAAGCUUGGAAUCUAUACUGGAUCUGCACGGUGCAAGAGAUUCCGUAUUUGCAGGAGACCAUUUCUAAGAUUGCCAAGGAGAGAGAAACGAAAAGAAAGCGCU